AUGCCUGCGAAAGCACAGUCGCAGCGGCGCAUAACUCAGUCGCAAAAUGAACAGGUCUACGAUGUUGGUGUUGUUGGAAGAAAAACGGGACUCACAUUAGCAGAGCGCGAGCGCGAUGCACAUGGCUUCGAAGCUGUUGACUCCCUUUUUUCUUCACCUGAAAAGGAUGUUAAUAAUGUCAGCGUUAAUGGCGCUAAUGGAAGGCAUAACGCUGAAUCUGAUGAGGAGCAAGAAAUGGAAAUAGACGACGAAUCUCAAAUGGGACCAGCUACUAUCAUGAAACAACGACAGUCCCGCCCAUCACUGCCGCGCGCUCGAUCCCCUAUUAAGACAAAUCUACAGUCUCCAGCACGACAGAAUCCGCAUCUCGGUAUUACUUCAUCGCCUGCUCGCGGUUCGAUUAUACCCACGCGCGAACCUAACCCCCCUAAAUCUGUAAAUCGCAAGUUAGAUUUCUCCAAACGUUCUUCAAAUAAGACGGCCCUUCCGCAACCAAGAGUGAACGGACCGAAGCCUAGGAAUGAGAAGCUCACUAACGGUCAUGCUCAUACCAACGAUUCCGAUGAUGACGAUGAGGUAGAAGAUAUAACUGAGGAACAUGACGAACCUCCUUUAGAGUUUGAACCAGAAAUUGAGGAAGAGGAAGAGCCUAUCCCGCAACCGAAAUCCCCUGAACAACCUAAAAAACGCAGAGGCCGUAAGCCAAAAUCACCAGUUGUUCAAGAAGAAGAGGGAGAGCCAUCAGUCCCCAAAGCCCCACCUGCACAAACUGAAGAAGCCAAUGAUGUACCCGCCAAAAAGAAGCAACGAGGACGACCAGCAAAGGCUUCAUCACCCAUCGAAGAGCACGAGCCUCCAAAGAAGACCCAGAAGCGCAGGCCAGGAAGGCAAUCUGGAAGUAGCGUUGAGGAGGAACAGGAGCACGAGGAGGAGGACAAUGCCAAUGAAAGAAAUACAAAGCGCCAACGAAUCGUGGAAAAGGAGAGCAAGGCUUCUUCGUCGAAACCAACUGCGACAAAGGAAAAGGGUAAGCCCGGUCGAAAGCGAAAGUCUUCUGGAAUUGGCGUCGAGGAGCCUGUCGUACAGCGCGGUCCCCCCCUCCCCAAAGGUCGCGGCCUGGUCGCUCUACGCCGGGAAGACGAAGACAACAUGCGGACUACACGGUCGGGCCGCCGUUCAUACCAGCCCCUACAAUGGUGGAAGGGGGAGCAUAUCGUGCAAGAGGGCGUAGAUGUGUUCGAAGAUAAAGGUCAAAAGUUCGUAAUGCCUGUCGUCAAUGGUGUCGUGCGGACCGAAGAAACCGAAGACUUACCAACGAAGAAACGCCGCGGCCGCCCCUCGAAACAACGCGGUAGGCCCGGGCGCCGCAUAUCUGCGAUAUCCGAGGAAGAGGUGGUGGAGCGCGAUGACUGGGAGUUCGACCCGGGCCGCAUCGCGGGCGAGUGUCUUUACUGGAGGCCCGAGUACGAGACGGAGCCCGCGGACGAGGACCAGCUCGAGGUAGCCGAAGAAGAACUUGCCAUCUCCGAAGCGGCCAUCCAACUCAAGGAUAUCAAGGACGCGACGUUCCGGUUCGCCAAGACGCUUACGCUCCCGUUCUUUGGGUCGGGAAUCGUGGAUAUGCCGCCCGGCUCAGAGAAGCGCACCAAGAACUCGAGGAAGAUGCAGAUGGUGUUUUUUGUACAUAAGGGGAAUGUCGACGUUACAGUAGCGCAGACGGAGCCCGCGCGCAUCUUCUUCGCCCAGGGCUGCGAGGUCUUCGUCCAGGGCGAGGCGGGUGACGUCGAGGAAACGCAGAUAGGCUAG